AUGGUAUACAACUUAAAGUAUAUAUAUGCAGCUCAGCUCUGCUGGAGACACACAGCAAGUACGUUCCUCCCAACUGAUUGCUUCCUUAUCCAGUCAAGAAGACCACAAAGUUCAACAAUGGCCAUCACUGACAUCCUUUCUGCUAAAGAUAUUGAAUCUGCUCUCUCCAGCUGCCAGGCUGAUGAUUCCUUCAACUACAAGUCUUUCUUCUCCACGGUUGGUUUAUCCAGCAAAACUCCUGAUCAGAUAAAGACAGUUUUUGGAAUCCUUGAUCAGGACAAGAGUGGUUUCAUUGAGGAAGAAGAGCUUCAGCUGUUUCUGAAGAAUUUCUCUUCGAGUGCCAGAGUCCUCACCUCCGCGGAGACCAAGGCUUUUCUGGCUGCAGGUGACACUGAUGGUGAUGGCAAAAUUGGAGUGGAAGAAUUCCAAUCUCUGGUGAAGGCAUAA